CUUGGAGUUUAGAGAGGAGGAGCCUGUGGGGUGUGGGACUCCAGACAAAGGAGACAUAUACACACUGACACUGGAUCACUGGAGCGAAAGGAGGGGCAGACAGCUGGAGAUCUUCACAUUCCGCACAGGAGACAGUCCUCAACUCCAGGGCUACUUUUUUUUUCUGUGUUUUGGAAAAUUUUGUCAGAAAGGGACCAUAUGUGUUUGUCAGUUGUAUGGAUUCCUUUGUGAACUGAGAGAUGUUUGUGUUUGAGCAGUGGUUACCAUAUGCUGCCAGUAGUGUGUAGAAGUGUGUGGGUUAGUAUGUUGGGGAUGGAAAAGUGGGGCUGGCAUAACCAACAGCUCUGCUCUUAGCUUCACGCCAUGGGGGGUUGCCAGAGUUACCCCUCGGCUACGGAGACAGACAGCAAGACUCUGCAGCUGUCAGACAUCAGCAGUGAAAAACUGGGAAUUAAUAACAAUAUUCUGGAGGAGCGUCCAUAUCUGCGGCAGCAGUAUGUGUGCCAGCGGAUCACACACACAGACAUGUUUGCCCUCACAGAGCUGCCACCUGGCGUCGACAAGGCAGAGUGGCUUGCCAGCAACACGGUGGCGUUUUUCAAGCAUAUCAACCUGUUCUCUAGUGCACUAUCUGAGUUCUGCACUCCCAGCACCUGCCCAACUGCCUGUGGACCAGGCAACACGGUUUAUGUUUGGACCGAUGACCACGGCAGGAAGCUGAAGUGCUCUGCUCCACUUUACUUUGACUAUGCCAUGUCAUACAUUCAGGAGCUACUGACUGACGAAGAUGUGUUCCCCACAAAAACAGGUAAAAGGCAUUUUAUUUAUGUUGCGUUGUUGUGCAUCACAUUCCCAAAGCCAUUAUCUCUUCCCUCUUUUCCAGGUUCAAUGUUUCCAACAGGCUUCAUCUUUCUGGUCCAGAAGGUGUUUUUGCUGUUUUUCAGGACUCUGGCUCACAUUUACUGGUCUCACUAUAGAGAGACUCUUGCGCUGGGUCUGCACCCACACCUCAACACACUCUUCACACACCUCACACUCUUCUGCCGGCAGCACGCCCUGUUGGAGCCGGAGGACAUUGAGCCGCUGCAGGACCUCAUCACAGCUCUGCGACAGCAAGGCUGAACCUAAAGAGCAAACACACGUAUUAUACACUCACAUUUUCAUCACACGUUUAUUUACUUGUUAUAUCUGGUUAUAAAGCUUUAUAGUGUCUCCACUAUACUCUGGGCCAAACUUAAACUUACUUCACAGUAUGGAUUUUGUUUUUUAAAGGACUGGAAGUUAUAAAAUAGAAAAUAAAAUACUGUUUAUGAAUGAGUCUGUUUUGCUUUAAAAAGCAGUAAAUCAGACCAGACCAGGAGCAUCUGGCUCCUGUUGUUUAUAGUACUGUGCAAAACUGUAAUACUGCAUGUUAGUGUAUUUUAACAUAAUGGUAUGUUAUUAUAUUUUGAUAAGGUCAAAAUCUUCAAGGUCAUUUAUGUCUUCCUCACAGUCAUAAAAAAACAUUGAAUUGUCCUCUGGUGUCUUUUCCUAUGAGACAUCAACUGAUCCAGACGGUUCACAGUAAAUAUAGACAAAAUGUGCCAUUGUUACAUUUUGAACAUUUGCAAAAGCCCAUACAGGUGGAUGUGUUGAUGCAAAUGUGAAUACAUUGUGACUGCAUCUGCAUGGAACGUCACAGCUUAUCUCUGCAUCUUUAUGUAUGAUUCUGUACUCUUAAUAAACAUUUAUGACAGACAA